GUGUGUGUGUGUGUAUGUGUAACAGUAUUGAGAAGACGUUUAUAAAUCCAUGUAGCGUGAAACACGUAUGCGUGGGCCGAUGUAUAUAUGUAUAGAGGCAAUGUCGACGACGGUGGCAGCAGCAUCAGCUGCAAAAGAACGUGUGGCAGUGCCAGAGAAAAUGGCGGAGUGUCCGGUGCGGUGGUAGCAGUACUGGUAUAGCAUAUAGUGAUCGACGGAAGGGAGGUAGGACGCGAGGGCAGAAGGACAUGGAGCACGCGCUCACGUCGACGACGAGACGUCGCGGGCAUCAGCAUCAUCCACGGCAUGCAACACGAAGACGUGUUGACAUUUCCAGCAGAGGACCCGCGCAGUGUGGCCCUGCUGGAACAACGACAACUUUGACAGAUGACACAGCUGAUUCCAAGACAACGACAACAACGAGUCCUAUCAUUGGCAACAAUGACGUGACAACAACGUCUACAGCACAUGAGGAACCUAACCUCACCACCGUUCUCGUGUCACCUCGACGUUUACCUGCUUUUCGCAAGACUCUCAUCGAUUCAAAAAACACGUUCCCUGAUUCAAAACAACAAUCAAUCAAUAUAAAAAUUCAUAAUAAUGAAUCAAAUGUCAAUAUUGAAAUAAAAAAUCAAAUUCCGGAUAUCAAAGAUAAUGUCCAAAAAAGGCCCGCGCAGUGUGGUCAGGACAUUAGAAAAAAGAUAAAUAAACGAAAAUUUAAAAAAUCAGAAGAUCCGGAUGAAGCACCUCGGAUAGAAACAGAAUCAAAUUUAGAUAAUCGAGGAAGCCCCGAACCUGAGCACGCGGACGCAAGGGUUCGGGGAGAUGGGAACUCCGAUGACGAGUCUAUUAACGUUGAGGAUGAUCCUGAACUAGCUGAACUUGCAAGAUUACGUUGUCCAAGCGAACGAACCGAAGUCGAGGCUGAAAGAGAAGCAAGAAGAAGAAAAAGAUGCGCCGAUUAUCCUGGAUUGGCCUUUGGCUGCUCUAUUUUUUCCAGCGAUACAAUGAUGAAGUUCAAUUUAAUUAGAAAUGAACUUGUGAAUAUUACGGGCAAUCAGCUGAAAAGGGCUGAAUCCGAGGUCGCUGCACUCAAUCGUCGUAUCCAACUUUUGGAGGAAGACCUCGAAAGAUCAGAGGAGCGUCUUGCCACAGCCACUGCCAAAUUGGCGGAGGCAUCACAAGCUGCCGAUGAGAGUGAACGAGCCCGCAAGAUCCUCGAGAAUCGCAGCUUGGCUGAUGAGGAACGUAUGGAUGCCCUGGAAAAUCAACUGAAAGAGGCCAGGUUCCUUGCCGAGGAAGCCGACAAGAAAUAUGAUGAGGUUGCCCGUAAAUUGGCCAUGGUCGAGGCCGAUCUAGAGCGCGCCGAAGAACGUGCGGAGGCUGGAGAGUCCAAAAUCGUCGAGCUGGAAGAGGAACUACGCGUGGUUGGCAACAAUCUCAAAUCCCUUGAGGUGUCAGAGGAGAAGGCAAACCAGCGCGAAGAGGAGUACAAGAACCAAAUUAAAACUCUCACGACGCGUCUAAAGGAGGCUGAGGCACGUGCUGAAUUCGCUGAAAGAUCCGUGCAGAAGCUCCAAAAGGAGGUCGACAGGCUCGAAGAUGAACUUGUGACUGAACGUGGCAGGUGCAAAGCAAUCGCUGAAGAAAUGGAUCAAACUUUUGCCGAUCUUGUUGGUUAUUAACGAGGGGUUUUUUUUUAAAAAAGAAAAAAAAGAAGAGUAUAUAAGUCAUAUACUCGACAAAAAAUGAAUUCACUGCCACAACGCAGACCGUUCGCUACAUAAAUCGUCCUCAAUAUUCAACAUAAGACUUCUCUUCAUCAACGUCGAAUUUUAGAAUCCAGAUUCUUCAUCUCCUUCGUUUAUUUUUUGCCUGGAAAAAUCACUUGUCUUCAAACUGUCUAGUGAACGGUCAAUGUUUUGUGUGAAUUUUAAGGAAUGAAGUUGACGUCCAUGACAUUCCAUAUAUGUCUUCAUCUUCAUUCUUUUAUAUUAUUAAAUUCUCGAUUCAUUAAAAAAAAAGAUGAUCAUUCUCGAAAAUAAAUUUUGAUUUGAUUUUUUAAAAAUUUAAUUGUUUUUAAUUAAAACGAAAAUUGAAUUUUAAUUUCUACAAUUGAUUAAUUUAAAUUUCACUAAAUUUUCAUUUUUGUUCCUUAAGGGUAUGAAAUAUAAAAAUUUGCAAAUUUUAAUAAAACUAAUUUAUUUCCAUGAUUAUUGAAGUCUCUUCUAUUUUUUAAAUCAACAAAUAUUCAAGUGACAUUGAAAAAGGAAUAUUCAAAUAAAAAUUGAAAUUAAAUUAAACAAAUUUUUUUAAUGAUAUGAAAAAUAUAAAUUUGAAAUGAAACAAGUAUAAGAAAAGACUUAUAUGGAUCGUAGACUUUUUCAAAUUUAUUUGGUAAAAAUUUUAAUUUGAUAUCUUUGAUUUAAAAAUGAAGAAACUGAAAAUGUUCAAUUGUUAGCUAACAAGGUCCUAAAAUAAUGUUACUGUUAAUUUUCAAUUAAUUAUUUCGAAAUAAAUUUUUCCAAUAGACGGAGAAUGAUCAUUUUUUUUAAAGCUUAAUAACUUAAAUAGAUUUUAUGGGAAAAAAAGAAAUUCACUAAUUCAAAAAUCGGUUUUUAUCCGAUUCUACAAAUUGUACAAUUUAAAUGAAAUUUUUAUUACCAUUAUAAUAAUUAAAGAAAAAAAAGACAUAACAAGUAAUCUAAGCUCAGUAAAAAUCUAUAACUAUAAUAUAAUUUUAAAAAAUUAAAACUUAAAUGAUGAAAACAUUUUUGUUAAAUAGAGUAUAUUGAUUUUUUUUGUCUAUUUGAUUGUAUUAUUUAUAGUUUUAUUUUUAUUUGGCAAUAUAAAUCUAUUAUGAGAGGAAAUUUUGUAAAGCUAUCAAUUUUUAUAGAAUAUUUUUUAGUUAUAGAGUAUUAAAAAAAAAUGAAAAGAAAAAAUGGUCAAUUUUAAAUGAAAAAAAGAUUUAUUAUUCUUUAUUACAUUAAUCGACACAAUAUCAGAAAAAAUAAUCACAAUUCUGUAGGUAAAUAAAUUUUUUAAUUAAUAAUAAUGAGUAUAUAUGAACGCAAAACAAAUUCAUGAAAAUUGAAUGAAAUUCCAAACGGUUAAAAGGUAGUUCACUUAAUAGAUAAGAAAAAACAUUUGAAGAACUUGAAUUAUAAUUUCUAGAAUGAAACAAAAAUUUAAUUUUAAAUUCUAGAAAAAAAGUCAAUUUUUGUUAAAGUUGCGAAUGAACUACCUGAAUAGAAAACAAUAUUUUCAAAAUAUAAAUUUCAAUAAGGUUCUUUCUUUCAUCAUCAUCAUCAUCAUUAUCGACUGUAGUUUAUAAUAAAAUGAUGGGUUAUUUCAUAUAGACGAUGCGCACGAUUUUUUAAGAGAUUUUUAUUGACAUUUCUAUUUUCAUCUCAAUGUGAUGGAAACAAGUUCAGUUGUACACAUUCCUCUUAACCGAUUGGCUUUGCUUCAAGCGUGUCUGGUAUUUCUGUAUUGUGAGCUUUAAGCUUCGCAAGUGCAAGGGGUUAAAAUGAUGAAAAUAUAAUACGUAAAACAAUAAUUUAGCUUUUAAUUAAUUAUAAGUUUAUUAUUAUUAUAAUCCCAAGUCCAGAUAUCGUAAAUGCACUUGUCUCUCAUAUACAGUUCCAGGAAAAGAAAAAUAUCAGUUUUUCAUUGAUAAAUUCAAUAUCUAAUUGGAAAAAAAAAUUUCAGCGAUACGGAAAAUCAGUAAAAAUUUUGUAAAAAAAAGAAAGUGUUGUUAAAAAAAAUAAUAACGAAUGUCAAUUCAAAAAUUGUUAACCAAAAAUGACAAUAGAUUCUUAAUACUAUAUAAAUAUAAAUUGACAACACUUUAUUGUUGAUGAUAAAAAUGUAAUUGUAUUUUUGAGAUUUUGCGCUGUUAAAGAUGAGUUGAAAUUUUACUCAAAAUUUUUUUAAUAUAAAAUUUUCUCUUUGAGGUGACAAUCUCAUUUUUGUUAUUAAAAUUCUAGAAAUAAAAAGAAUAACAAAAAUUGAUUGUUUACUAAAGGGUUCAUUCAACAUAAAAUAUUGUGUUAAGAAUCAGUAAUCCCUUUAAAGGCAUUUUCUUAUAUUCUUAAAAAUUUUUAAUUUAAGGGGUGGCACCACCCCCAAUUUUGACCCACUUACAUAAAUUUAAAUUAUUAAACGAGGUUAUAUUUUAAUUUUUUCAAAAAAUUAAAAUUCUAAAGUGGUCCAAAAAUUUUUUUUGUUUUAAACAAAAAAAAAUAUAACUACGUUUAAUAAUUUAAAUUUAAGUGGGGCAAAAUUGGAGAUAGUGCCUCUCCUUUAGUUAACAUUUUUAAAAAUUUAUAAAUAUGACAUUUAAAUUUAUAAUUAAAAUUUUUUGUUGGUAUUUAAAAAUAAUAAUUUUGUCAAUAAAAAUAAAUUCGUGAGAAUAUAAUUAAAUUCAUAUCUUGUAAUUGCCUUUAAAGAUUUUCAAGUAUAAAAAUCGAUUUUUUUUUAAAUAAUCGAGUAAUUUUAUUUUGAAUAAAAUAAACUACAAUAAAAUUUAAAUAAUUUUUUUUAAGAUAACAAAAUCCAUUUAGAAAGUAAAUUGUUGGUAGUAUUGAUUCUGAAUUUUAAAAUUGUAAAAUUUUUGACGUAAAUUUCGAAAGGCUUGUUUUAUUCAAAAUAAAUUCCAUCACUUGAGAAAUAUGGAGAAUAUUUUUUUAACCUUUUUUUCAAAUACAAUCUUUCACUCUCUCUACUUAGUAGUUUUAACAGCGCACAAUUAUCAUUUCUAUAUAUUAUUAAGUAAAUUAAACAACGAUUCGAUUGUGCUAUUGCUAAGAAGGUGCUUCGAAAAUACAAUUUUUUAAUUAUUUUUACAACCGAAUUAAAAUUGUAUUAUUUUAAUAAUCAAUUCACUUUAAAUAUGUGUUUAUUUAGAUUUUCUAAUUUUUAAAAUGAGAUUCUAAAAUUAUCUUUCUAAUCAGACUCCGUAUAAUUAUUUUUCUUAAAUUUCUUUUAUCACAACAAAUUCUCUAAUUGUUCUCCCAAUUAGAAUUCGAUUUUUUUUUGUUAUAAACAUGAGAUUUCGAUAAUAGCGAUUACAAAGUGAGAAAUUAUGUGCACCAUAUAUAUCAUUCACGGACGUUUAUUUAUUUCUCCAUGAAAAAUGGUAUCAAAUUUUUUGAAGAUUUAAAAAUGAAAUUUUUGUAAUUUUCUCGACAUUCAAUUAUUAUUAUCUUUGUAUAACUAUACUAUUAUAGAUUAUAUAAUAAUACUUAUUGUGUCAAAGACGUCAAUAUUUAAAAUUGGUUUUCUUUUUAAUCGAUAUAAUGGCGAUCCUGCGAGAAAUGAAAGAAAAAAAAAGGAAAUCCAAGAUUUUGUGCUUUGAUCUUGAGUCGUUGAGUGCCUAUUUUAAGGAACCCGCUGCAUCGUGUGAUAAUAAUAAAUAUAUUGGGAUUUUUUAAAAAUGCGAUGUUAAACGUAUUGUGAAAUAAAAGCGUUCCGGAAGAUCGAAA